AUGGUCGAAACAAUCAAAAUCGAAACAGCAACAACAAUACCUACAGCAACAACAACAAUACUCGCUCACCUCAUCCUACCUCUUCUUUCUCGUCCUCUGCCUAUUCUUCUGCCUAUUCUUCUCCUUCGCCAUCUUCUUCUCCACCUCCUGCCCGUCGCCCCACUCAUUGUCACCAGACUGGCAGGGUGAGUCCGCUCACUCUGGCAGCCUUGAAUGUUCGUUCCCUUUUAGGCAAUCCGAGGGGCAACCGACCGGAACGAAGGACGGCGCUAGUGGCACGGGAACUGGCACGCUACAAGGUGGACAUCGCCGCACUCAGCGAGACCCGAUUCUCCGAACAAGGCCAACUGGAGGAGGUGGGUGCCGGCUACACCUUCUUCUGGAGCGGUCGACCCAGGGCAGAGCGACGGGAAGCGGAUAUCGCCUUCGCCAUUCGGAACGACAUCGUGAGACGACUGGCCUGUUUGCGCAGGGCAUCAACUAUCGCCUGAUGAGCCUCCGCCUGCCUCUCUGGGGAGGCAAAUUCGCCACCAUCAUCAGCGUCUACGCUCCGACGAUGACCAACCCCGACGCCGUCAGAGACAAAUUAUACGAGGACCUGCACGUCCUCUUGGCGACUGUGCCGAAGGCGGACAAGUUAGUUGUCCUUGGCGACUUCAACGCCCGCGUCGGCACAGACCAUUCUGCCUGGAGAGGAGUGCUGGGUCCCCACGGUCUCCGCGGCUCAAACGACAAUGUUCUGCUGCUUCUCCGCACCUGCGCAGAACACCGUCUCAUCCUAACGAACACGUUCUUCUGUCUGCCGGAGCGAGAGAAGGCCACCUGGAGGCAUCCUCGGUCGCGUCAGUGGCACCUGCUGGGCUAUGUCCUCGUCCGGAGGCGAGAUCAGCGGGACGUGCUGGUGAUAAAGGCGAUCGCGGGCGCUGACGGUUGGACCGACCAUCGCCUCGUCAUCUCGAAGAUGCGUAUUCGCCUACAGCCUCGCAGGAGAUCACAAGGUAAGCGACACCCAGGUAAGCCGAAUGUUGCCUUGUUGUCUUUGCCUGCUCACCAUCUUCAUUUCAGCAAUGAGCUAGCUCAACGGCUAGACAACCUUCCUAUCGCUGCCGACGCCGCCGACGAGAACACCUCCGUGGAGAACCGCUGGUGUCAACUUCGAGACACGGUCCAGUCGACGGCGCUCGCCGUCCUCUGUCGCGCUCCACGCCAACACCAGGACUGGUUCGACAACAACAACGCCGCCAUCAAAUCUGCUUGA